UCCUUCUAACAAAUUUUCCUACGCUGAUGGAAAUUUCCUUUAACUUUCGACCAUAUAGUAAAGGGGAAAAGGACACGAGAAAGCCAAGCCCGAAGGAAAGAGAAAUCAGCUUCUUCUAAUCGGGCUACGCUGCUUGAGACAGGCAGAAUCGGAGUGUUUGCCGCCAAAUCAGGUAGCUGGACGAAGAGGCCCGAGGAGGAGCUGACUGGGCUACAGCGAGCGCAUGCCCUCGCAUUUCCAGGGCAACCAUUGUAGAAACAGCAUGGCGACCGAAGAGAAAGAAGGAGCCGCUGCGGAAUCUAUAAUAGCAGAGACCCAGAAGAAGAUCACUGAUGCUUUUGAGGUGUUUGAUCAUGAGUGCAAUAAAACUGUGGAUGUCAGAGAGAUUGGCACAAUUAUAAGGUCACUAGGUUGCUGUCCAAGUGAAGGGGAUCUACAUGAUAUGCUUGCAGAGGUAGAAGAAGAAGAACCAACUGGUUUUAUUCGUCUGGAAAAAUUUCUUCCUAUGAUGACUAGAGUAUUACUGGAAAGAAGAUACCGACCAAUUCCAGAAGAUAUUCUUUUACGUGCAUUUGAGGUUUUAGAUCAAAAUAAAUGUGGACAUCUUACCAAAGAAGAAUUGGUGAAGUACAUGACUGAAGAAGGUGAACCUUUUACACAGGAAGAAAUGGAGGAAAUGCUCUCUGCUGCUGUAGAUCCAGAAACAAAUACUGUGCGCUACAAAGAUUAUAUUACAAUGAUGGUUGUGGAUGAAAGCUAAGCAUUUCAUAAUGUAUAAGUCUGAACCUUCUGCCUGUUGCAUGUAAACUAAUUUUCACUAGAGUUAUGCUGUAUUUGCUAUGUGAUUGCUGCAUAGUCAGACUUUUAAAGGCUAAUGUUGAAAUCAUUUAUCUGUGGAAAUAUUGUCCUUUUUCCUUAGUAAAUAAAAGAUUU